AGAGGCAGUGCUGAAAACUUCCAUCCCACCACGACUUUUCCCUCGGUGAAAACCAGGAGGAUGCUGUUACUGUUAGAUGGCCACGCAGAGUCGGAGAGCCUGAGCCACCUGCUCCAAGCAGGGACUGAAGUGAACAUACCUGCCGAUGCUCUGGGCCAGGACCCGGCUCACCUGGCUGCUCAUGGAGGACAGGCUUUCUUACUGCUUUGGCAACUGCAGACAGGAGCCAAUUUGAACCAACAGGAUUGGCUUGGGGAAGCACCCAUUCACAAAGCCGCUAAAGUUGGGAGUUUGGAGUGUCUCACUUUACUUGUUGCCAGUCAUGCCACCAUCGACUUGCGCAAUAAGAAGGGACAGACUGCGGAAGACCUGGCCCUGGCUUUUGGAUUUUGGGAAUGUGCUCAGUUCCUCAAGACAGUGAAAGAGACUCAGAAUAGGAAAGCCAUCAAACAAGUUCGGGAUUCCCUCAGUAACAAGAAUGGCUUGCUGAGGGAGGCAACGACAAAACAAAAACGAGCAAGUGAAAGCAGAAGACCCAUAAGCAAGAAGACAAUGAGAUCAAAUGAUGCAACGUUUCUGAUGUCAUGUGAAAGUACAUGAAGAGAAAUGUGAAGGACCCUCCAGAAAAACACCGGCC